GACCACCACCAACAUUCACACGCAUUCAUACUCCAGUGUGAGUAGCAGCACUGGAGGCCAGGUGGGUAAAGUGUCUUGCCCAAGGACACAACAGCACAUGACUAGGACAGAGAGGGAAUCGAAACGCCGACCUUUCGAUCAUUGGACGACCCGCUCUACCACCUGAGCCACAGCCGGCCAUUAUCUAAGAAACGGUUUCUUGACAUAAUGAAGACGCUGCCGAAAAGUAUGAAAAGUCCCGUAAAGAUGAAAGACAACGGUUCCACGCUGUUGCUGUCUAGCAAAGGAUGUUGUGUCUGAACUUAGAAGCUCCUAGCUGGGAUGGAGACAAGCUCUGAUGGUGUUUCCUGAAGAAAGGAGUGAAGGACAGAAAGAAACCACAGCGAAGGCGAUGAGAACGUACCACGAGCUGAACUUCAACGUGGGGAGCCUGAAGGUUCAGAUCCAGGAGCAGCUGGUCCAGCAGAAAGCUUGCGAGAAUGAGGUGGACAGCUUCAUCCAGGCCUGUAGAAUGAUGGAGCAGAAGGUCAGCAGAGACGUCCAGACCCUGAAGGCUCACUGGGAGGAAUAUGGCUAUCAGGCUCCAACCAAAGCUCAGGAGGCCGAGGAUGAAUGUCCUGAAGAAGAUGGGGUUGAGUCAGCAGAGAGAGAAGCAGGAGGCCAGGAGGAGGAUGGAGAGAACCUCAGCUCAUCUCCUCCAGCAGCACCGACCUUCAGCGACGUGAUGAGAACCCCUCAGCUGUCUGACUUCGGUCUGUCUGAGAUGCAGCUGAAGAGAAAUCUGGCUGGAGCUGAGUGGUGCUCUGAGGUUCCUCCGAUGCCUGAGAUGAACCUCCCUCACCCAGCGCUCUCCACGCCAGCUCCACCUCUGCUGCCUUUAACUCCAAAACGAGCUCUCCGGAUGGAAGACGAGGAGCUCCAGACACCUCAGAUGCACGACUUCGGCAUCUCAGAGGACAACGACUUCACUACGAAGCUGCUCCAGAAGAACGCUAAGGAGCCCCAGAGACCAGCGCAGGACCAACCUGGACCACCAGAGGACUCGGUGUUGGACCGUUUCCAGACCAGAGCUGAAAUCCUGGCAUCUCCAGAGCUACCAGUUCUCUGCACUCCAGGACUGAAGAUCAGAAAGACCAACGGUCGGAGCUCCUCACCUGAACCAGACUCAGAAGAACCAGAAUCCCCCCCUGGACCCAACCUACCCAGCACCCCCCAGGUCCCGGCCUUCCAAACCCCAUAUAUGACCCGACUGGUCAGCACCAAGGAGAGUUUCUGGCAGCCGGAGCCGAUCAGCAUCCAGACUGAAGAAGAACUUCCAGCUUCUCCUCCUAAAGGAGCUCCAGGCUCCAAACGCUGCUGGGAAAACGAGGUUCUGGAGGUUUGGGCGAUGGGUUUGGGAGACGAGCGGAUGCCGGAGAUGCCAAACCUGGAGUCAGUCCUGGGGAACUCUUUACAGAGGAGGAACCCUAAAGUCCUGAAGCUCAGUGACCAGGAGAAGCUGGUCGGUGAUCUGGAGCUGGAUGGAGCCACUCAGGAGUUCAGUCUGGGGACGCCUUGGAUCAGAAGCAGCUACCAGGAACCCGGGACGCCGGAGAAGCCCGACCUGAGCUCAGUGACCCAGGACAUCUGUAAGCUGGUGUCUCAGGCUCAGCUGAAGAAAACCAUCACAACUGUGGAGCCACAAGUCAGAGCAGAAAAACUCAGAAGCAGAUCUGAGGGUCUGUCUGUGGUGUCAGACGGAGAGUUCCAGAGUUUACCCAACUACCUGAGGCAUGUGACGCUACACAACCUGAACCAGGCUGUCCACAACAUCAACGCCUUCACAGAGCAGCGUCCAGGAGGAACCUCAGAGUUUCAGAUGGAUCAGCUGAAGAGGAUCAUCAGUGUUGGAACCUUGGCUCCUGUUUACGUCCUCUGUCUGACGGAGUUGAAGAGGCUGAAGCAUGUUGGAGGAGUCAAAGAAAACUCUGUGUACAAACUGAUUAAUAAACACUGAUCAAUAGACACUGAUCAAUAAAAACUGAUCAAUAGACACUGAUCAUUAAACACUGAUCAAUAAACACCGAUCAACAGCUCCCAUCUCAUCAGGAGAACCUUGGUGUUGGUUCGUCUGUCAGGUCCUGCAACAGAACCUGGUCCAUCCACUGCCACUGCUUCCACCAGAGCAGCAGGUCUGGAGGUUCUACAUGUGUUUGUAAUUAGACUGUAAAUAGUUCUGGGCUUUGUUAUAUAAACUGUAAAAUAAAACACCAUAUUUCUGUAUAGAGGCCAGUUUUAGACACGAAGAAAGAUUUCACCUCAGAAAUGACACAACUAUGAACUCACAAAGGAAUCAGAUUUCCAGCACCAGUUCUCUGUGGUCCCAAAUCUGUCACAUAAAGGAAUAAAGACACACUUUGGUCUCAUGAUGAA